AUGACAGAGUUCUUCGCCAAACAUUUAUUUUCCUUUCACUCGGUGCCCCAGGAUCUAUACCAGCUGAAUCUGCUGUGGAAUUUGUCAGCAGUCAUAUUGUGGAGUUACCAGUGGAGUCAAUCGAGUCAAAGAUUUCUCGAUCUUCUGUUUCUUUUCUCAACCAACGGUCAAGGUACCAAAUAUAUGAGGUUACAUAACACUGUAAAUAACAUACUUACAGAACGUUCGAUUUUAAAUCUGGAAUCGGCAGAAAUCUAUCGAAACAUCGACACAGCUAAAAAAAUUUUUCACGAUCUAAUUCGAUCAGAAAAUAAGCAACAACAUGACGAGGGGUACACCUAUGCCCUUCUAAAUAAAGUGAAAUCUCACUGUAAGGCACUAAUUCAUUACGCGGCAUCUCAGUUCACCUCGCUGGAAGGUGCUUUUCAGGAGGAAUCGGUUUGCCAUAGUGGAUGCGCUCUUCUGCAAGGAUUUGCGAACCUGCACAUUCUGGCCAAAAUCUGAGGCAAAGAAUAUGUUUAAGUAGUAGAUACGUAUUUCCUGUUAGCAAAUGCAAGCACUCAUAAUAAAGAAUAUGAGACAGCCAAAGAGCUUCACGCUAAAGCACUUGAGGAGCAGAGGAAGAUAAGUGGUGUAGAACAUGUUGGUCUUGCCUAUAGUUAUGACGGCCUCAGGGACGUC